UAGUCAGUACUAGUAGGUCUAUACAUUUAUUUGAUGGGUAUUUGAAUUCCGCAAGAAAAGGUUGAGAAUCGAAGGAUAAAUGUGUGAUGAAACUCGCAUUUCGCAAUUCGCACACGUUGGGCGUGCACCGCUAAACAAAACAUAAACCUUUGCUAAGAAAGUUUCUUCCUUUUUCUCUUCUGCUGUUUGAAUGUGAAGACGCAGCACAGUGAUGAAGUGAAGUGCUGCAUCAACCUCAAUGAUCUCAGUUUUGGACCUUUUGGUUUGGCUCAAAAGGUUGAAUUUCAAAGAAAUUCUUGGUUGAUGGUUGAUGCUAUGUCUCAUCAGUGUGUUCUAUAAGAAGUUGGGGUUUUGCCAUCGCUAUGUAUGUAGCUAGUCAUUGCAUUUGAGAACUGUUGGGGAUCUUCUCCAACAUUGUAGAAGGUUGAGAAGACAUUAGUUGGUGGGCAUGGUUUUGUGUUCGAGGGAUUUGAGCUUUGGAUGCAGAUUGAAGAGGGCUAACUGUUAAAUCCAUAACUCCCAUCAAGGUUUUUGCUUUGUGUGUUUGUGGAAAUAGCAUACCCUUUGAGCUGCUCUGUCUAUUUUCUUCUGGUGUCUUGUUCUAUUUUCUGGAAGGUUGCUUCAUUGGACCCUUGUUUGAUCUUCAACAAUGUCAGAGAAGAUCAUGGUUCACUCAAGGUUUAUAUUUUGUGUGAUGAUAAUUUCUAUGUUCCUUUUGAGCCUGUCUUCCAUUUUCCUACUCCAGUUUAGUAGUCAUUCUUUGAUACCUAGAUCAGCGUUAGAACUUAUUCUUGUCAAUAAUGCGUCGCUUUACUUCAUGCCCAAUUUGAAGAGAGAACAAAUUUUACUCCCUCCCUCUGGGGAUUCAAAUUUUCAAUCACAAAAACCCAGAGAAUCUGACUGUCAUGCUUCCGAUUUGAGCCAGAAAACAACUUCUGUAGGACAGCAGAUGAAUAUGGCAUCGCACCCAACUCGGCCAUUAUUGAAAGUAUUCAUGUAUGACUUGCCUCCAGAAUUUCACUUUGGGUUAUUGGGUUGGAAGGGAAGUGUGAAUCAGACAUGGCCCGAGGUGGAUAACCCCGAGCGUAUCCCCCGCUAUCCAGGUGGUCUGAACUUGCAGCACAGCAUGGAAUACUGGCUCACCCUUGAUCUUCUGUCAUCAAAAGUUGGCCAGCCUUGCACUGCAAUUAGAGUGCAGGAUUCAAGUCAAGCAGAUGUUAUUUUUGUGCCAUUUUUCUCAUCACUGAGUUACAAUAGGCAUUCCAAGCUUAAUGGACAGGAGAAAGUUAGCCUUAACAAAAGGUUGCAAGACAGAUUGGUACAGUUCUUAAUGGGCCGGAAAGAAUGGAAACGUUCAGGAGGGAAGGAUCAUCUAAUUGUAGCCCACCAUCCUAACAGCUUGUUGGAUGCAAGAAGAAGGUUGGGUGCUGCUAUGCUUGUACUUGCUGAUUUUGGAAGGUAUCCUGUUGAAUUAGCAAAUAUCAAGAAAGAUAUAAUAGCUCCCUACAGGCAUCUAGUAGGCACCAUACCAAGAGCCGAAUCAGCUUCAUUUGAAAAACGUACCACACUGGUGUAUUUCCAGGGAGCAAUAUACAGGAAAGAUGGAGGAGCCAUUCGCCAAGAACUGUACUACCUCCUCAAAGAUGAGAAUGAUGUUCAUUUCACAUUUGGGAGCAUAGGAGGAAAUGGGAUUAAUCAGGCUAGCCAGGGCAUGGCCUUGUCGAAAUUCUGCCUCAACAUUGCAGGGGAUACCCCAUCCUCAAAUCGCCUUUUUGAUGCCAUAGUAAGCCACUGUGUUCCUGUGAUCAUCAGUGAUGAAAUUGAGUUACCCUUUGAAGAUGACUUGGACUACUCUGACUUUUCCAUAAUUGUCCAUGCCUCUGAUGCCAUGAAGAAAGGCUACCUGCUGAAUCUCCUUCGUUCAAUCAAGCGUGACGAGUGGAACAAGAUGUGGGAAAGAUUGAAGCAGAUUACACACCACUUUGAGUAUCAGUAUCCAUCCCAACCUGGGGAUGCAGUGAAUAUGAUAUGGCAGCAAGUUGAACAUAAGAUAUCUUCGAUAAGGUUCAAUUUGCACAGGAAGAACAGAUACCAGAGAUCUUAGCUUCGUGUUAAGACUAACUGAAAUGCUGAGAUUCUGUUACAUUAGAAUCUGCUGACCUUGGUCAGUCAAGUUCAACAUGCCAGUGGAAGACACAAACCUACUCUCAUGUUUUGCCACUAGAAGGCUUCUUUUUCUUCCUUUUAAUUUUUUCUUUUUGCUGAAUAACAUAUUGUUGAUGAAAAAUAGAUUUUAUAUUUUAAUGUCGAAGCAUACCUCAUUAUUUGUCCUCUUCUUGGCAUAUGAAUCUUAGGAAAAACUAAAAGCAAAAAAAUUGAUUGGAAUAUACUAAUAGUUUAGAAGUUGUU